AUGACAGCCUCCUUGGUUCUAAACCCUCGCUGGCCAGCGGAAACGGUAAUGUUUGUGUAUGACAACAACCUGGACGACCUGAACAAAAACAUGGAGGGGCUGGUGGGCAGCGGCAACUUCGCCGCUAGCCAGUGCCGCAACAUUAUGGCGCACUCGGCCGCCGCGGCUGCUCUGGGCGGCCACCCGUCCGGUCUGGUGCACUCCUCAGCAGGCUACUCCACAGUGGACGUGUCCGCGUCAGGCUCCAGCGAGACAGGCGCGUCUUCGGGGAAGCAAUGCGCGGCUGGACCGUGUCCGGCGGCAGCCGUGCCGCACCAGAGCUCCUCGGCCGCCACCGCGUUACCGUACAGCUACUUUGGUAACGGCUACUAUCCGUGCAGGAUGGGGCGGGGUUCUCUCAAGUCCUGCACCCAGGCGGCGGGAGCCGCGCUCAGCUCCCAGUAUAUGGACACAACGGUGAACUCAGAUGAAUACCCGAACCACCGGGCCAAAGAGUUCGCCUUUUACCACGGCUACCCGAGCCCGUACCAGUCCAUGGCCAGCUACCUGGACGUGUCGGUGGUCCAAACGCUGGGCACCGGAGAGCCGCGCCAUGACACCCUGCUCCCCAUGGACAGCUACCAGCCCUGGGCUCUAACCAACGGCUGGGGAGGACAGAUGUACUGCUCCAAGGACCAGGGACAAGCCGGACACCUCUGGAAGUCCGCUCUGGCUGAUGUGGUGGCGCACCAGCACGACGGCUCUCCGUUCCGCCGGGGCAGGAAGAAGCGGAUACCGUACACCAAACUCCAGCUCAAAGAACUGGAGAAAGAGUACGCCGCCAACAAAUUCAUCACAAAGGACAAGAGGAGGAAGAUUUCGGCCGCCACCAACCUGUCGGAGCGGCAGAUCACUAUCUGGUUCCAGAACAGGAGGGUCAAGGAGAAAAAGUUCGUGGCCAAAGUGAAAAGCAGCGCUCCGUAG